AUGAACUAUUACAAAAAUACCCCUGUUAAGGAAUGGAUGCGUGCAAAUAUAAUAGAUCAUUACCGCGGAGAAAAAAUAAUAACUUUACAACAAAGAGCGAAAACCCUUGAUACAAUCAAAAAAGACCUUCAAAAGGUUACGGCUGAUUCAGAAUUUGAUUUAACUCGUAGGAAUAAAGCACAAACUAUACUUAAUAAUUGGUCGGUUGCUGAAACUCUUAAUUUACAGCGGAUAGCCCAACUCUUAGUUGAGGAUGAUUCCAAGGGAGUAGAUAUUCUUGUUUCACUUUAUAUAAUCAGGGCUUACGAGAUGAUUAAUUCUGUUUUUAACAAGAAUUGGUCUUCUGCGUUCAAGAUGAAUAAAAGACAGUUAAAUGGUAACGAAAUAUCCAAUAAGAUUGGGAUAAUCUGUGCUAAACAACAGCUCCGUGCAAUUAAAAAUUCAGCAGAACAAGUAGAUAUUUUUCAAAAACAAUUUAAUGAAGAUACCCAAAAACGCAGUCUAGAAAACCGUGAUGAUCAUGAAGUGCGAGAGAAAAAGAAAGAUAGUCAUGAUGAAAAUUUUAAAGCACUUCGCAAAGAACUUUCUGAAAAGAUUCGUAGAACUCUUCACGAUGAACUUUCUGAAGAUAUUCGUGAAAGUCUCCGUGAAGAAUUUUCUGAAGAGCUUCGUGAAAGCAUCCGAAACCUCCGUGAAAGUCUUUGUAAAGAUCUCUGUUAUAAGUUAAAUGAG